UCUUGAUUUGCGACUCGGGUUGGAGCAGAAACCCGGUUGGUGGCAUUUCAAGGAUUAAAAAAAAAAUCCAAAUCAUAGGCUUUUCUAGACUUGUAGUUAAGCAAAGCCAGCCAAGCGAUUGAAGCAGACGUAUUAGGCUUACUCACUCACCUCUGCUUCAUUUCUCUCUCUCUCUCUCUCUCACACGCUGUUCCUAGUUUCUAAAGCAAGAGCAAAAAUGACAAAAACUCCAUGGCUUCUCUUACUUUCACUUCUCUUCUUCUUAGCUUCUGCUGCAGCUACUCAAAUAAAAGUGACCAAUAACCCUGCUGAUCAGUUAGUGGCUGCACUUGACAACAAUAGAACUGCACAGAAGUUGAAAUCCCUCUAUGACAACCGCGGCCUGGCCUGCAUUGCUUUGCAGUACAUAAAAGCCUACCAAGGUGAUUGCGGUGCAGUAGGAGGGCCUAAUGGGAAGAAGCCUGCUGAAUCCGAAUUUGCUCAAACUUUUGCCCCCAACUGUGGUGUUCUGGUCUCAACCCUCUCUCCUAUUACCGGUCGUUUACUUGGCUGCCAAUCUCAUUAUGUUGAUCCUUCUAAAGCAUUUUCAGAGAUCCUGAUGAAGAACAACAAAAGCUUAGAAAUAAUUUCCAAUAAGACUCACACUGAAGUCGGAGCUGGAGUGACUGGCACCGAACGUGGGGCUCCCUAUUUCUGGUGUCUCUUGUUCAGUAAUGGCAACACCAGCAGCAGCUUUGCUGUAGAGGGAGGGGUGGCUAAGGUAACAAAACCUGGGUGCUUUAGUGGUGCUAAUGAUGAAUGCAGUGGUGCUUAUGAUUGGUCUCAAACCCGUCGUAUAUGGCCAUUUGUUGCCACAGCUUUGCUAGUAGUGGGGCAUGCCUUUGGAUUCUGAUCAAUUUUUUUUUAUCAGAAACUAUUUAUCACUUGAUUUGGGGGCCUCUUGUGUAAUGCUGUAUUGAUAUUUGAUAGGCCUGGCCUCUCUUAUUCAAUUUAUGUUUCGUAUUUUUAUUCCACAGUCAUUGUAAGUGUGAGAUCCAUCCUAUUGAUUUUCUUCAGUUAUAUCUCCUUCUUUUGUAAACUUUUUAUAUUACCUUAGCUGCUGAGGGCAAUUUUUUCUUAAUGAAAUUAGAAGUAUGAUUCUGUUAA